AUGUCCACGGACACUCUUUCCCCGAUGAUGCUCUUCAAGCCGGCCUUGCCUCAAGCAGCCAAAUCCGACGAGCAAAUCGCUCUAGCGUGCGGUUUCCUGGGUCUCUUUAUGCUCCUGUUCGGACUCACCAGCCUGUUCGUUCGCGGGAGGCUCUUCCUGACUAGCAGCGUGCUGGCUAUGGGAUUCGGUAUCGCUCUCGGACCCCGCGUCUUCGGCAUCGUCAAGAUCCUACCAGGCGGAUGGGAUGACGGUCACGAGGGCGAUAAGAACAAAGAGGUCCUUCUUUGGUUCACCCGGCUCGUACUCUCCAUCCAAGUACUCACUAGCGGCGUCACCCUCCCUUCCCGUUUCAUCGCCCGGGAGAAAGUAUGGAAGAGUUUACUGGUCCUCCUUGGACCUGUUAUGCUCUUCGCUACCCUUAUUACUGGAGCUUUCGCCAAGCUAAUUUUCGGAGUCAGCUGGCUCGAAGCUCUUCUCAUCGGUGCUUGUCUAGCACCCACCGACCCCGUCCUGGCUUCCGCCGUGGUCAAGGGAACUUUUGCCGAACGCCACGUCCCCCCUUACAUCCGGGACCUCCUCCUGAUCGAAUCCGGUAUCAACGACGGCUCCGCCACAUCCUUCUUCCUCGCCCCUCUCCUCCUGCUUACCCGCUCGACCGGUGAGGCGGCGAAAGAGUGGUUCUUGACGGGGAUCCUCUGGGAGACGCUUUUUGCCAUUGCUGCGGGGACUGCGAUAGGGUGGACCUUCCGAGUAGCUUUGGAGCAGGCCAAGAAGAGGGAAUGGGUCGAUAAGGAGAGUUCGCUUGUGUAUACCGCGGCGCUGGCUUUAUUGACGACCGGGGUGCUUACAUACAUCGACUCCAACGAACUCCUGGGGUGUUUCUGCGCUGGAACCGCUCUAAACUGGAACGAUUCGAUACAUACCGAAGACACCCACACUCACUUUUCCGAAGCUAUCGACAACGUCCUCGACAUCUGCGUCUUCCUCGUUCUCGGCACCGUCUUGCCAUGGCAGGCGUGGGGGAACAAGUCGAGUCCCUUUUGGAUCGGCAAGCUCGUCGGGUUCGGAUUCGCUGUCGUCUUCCUAAGAAGGUUACCCUCGGUGCUGUUCUUACAGCGAUUGAUACCGAUGGUCAGAACGGGGAAAGAGGCGAUGUUUGUAGGACACUUUGGGCCGAUGGGAAUCGGAGCGAUCUACUAUGCGCUCAAGGCCGCGGAGGAACUACCCAAGGACAGCAGUCUCAAGCAAGGUCUUUAUGGAAUCAUGGCCUGGAUGGUUUUUACGAGCACGAUCGUUCACGGCGUCACGGUACCGUCGUUCUUACUCGGUUCCGCCCUUCACCCAGCACUCCACCCGAAAUGGCUAGUCAACAACGAGGGAUCUGAUGAAGAGGAAGAAGAAGGUUCCGUUGGAGAGCAAGAAACGACUGAACGGCACGGGCUCCUCGCUCCCAUCGUCCAUACUUUGCAGCGAUACGGUGCUAUCGGUGGCGAAGACUACAAGAAGGAAGAUGGCGAGAAGGGUCGGCCCAUCUCCCGAGAUGAACUUCACCGCGUACUUCACAACAUGGCCGGAGAAGCUGAUGAGCAGGCUACCACCACCAAGGGGCGAGCGCGAGGUGUCCUCAACCAUCGUCAGAAACAGAUCCUCCUGGGCGAGGGAACUGGACUGGAUUGGACGGGCAAGUCCGUGGAGGUGUUUGAUGAGGGAAGCACGUUGAUCAUCACGGAUGAAACGGGUGAGUCGCCGUGCAGCGUUUGCACCUGUGCGAUUGAAUCAUGGCCUUCGCUGAUGUCGGGUAAUCUGUGGGUUUACAGGCAAAGUCUCGACCCGAAGGAUUGUUAA